AUGGCCGACGUUGUGGCGGAGAUCGACCAUCUCAAGUCUCUUCCUGAAAAUCUACACUGGUUCUGCCCACGCACGCACGACGAAGAUGGCUCUGUAUAUUUCGAUGAAGACACCCUCAACGCACCUUUGCAAGAAACACCGGCGGAAAAGGAGGUUCGGCUCACAAAGGUUGAAGAGGCAAGACAAUUGAAGAAGAAAGUUCUGCACGCCUGCCAGAUUCUCGCCUUCAACGGAGACCAGGCAGUUCAGUUGACCGCGGCGCUCAAGGGCUUGCUCAAGGUUCAGCUCAAGCGCUGCACCGUCUGUGUACGUGAGUAUCAUCGCGGCAGGCAUGACUUGAAGCAAGAGCUCGGAGGCCAGUACGAUGCCGAUCAAGUCGCAAGCUUUAUGCAAGUCUUUGAUUCGAUGAACGCCGAACGCAUUGCUGCUGGCCUGGACAACGCUACCAAAACCCUUCUUGACCUAGCUCCCCAGGAACGUUCAAUCUCCAGUCUGCCUCAGGAGGAAAUGUACGCCCUAUUCGAGUCCAUGCACUGCACAGCUUUCCUACAGGACGAAUCUCUGCUUCGGGAGCACUUUGACAAACCCUUCCGUCUCGUCCAGACGAGAAGAAAGAUCACCUUACCAGAGUACACUCCGGCCUUGACUGCUUUUCUCUUCAGCAAAGACAAGGACAGGUCUGCUUGGGCUCACAGAGGCUGGACCAAGUUCAAGCGUCCUAUCACUAGUGUCGAGUUUGAUUGGACAGUACGUGACACUCUGAACGCCGCCAUGGGUCGUGUUCUACCUAAUAACAUUGAUGGUGAUUUCCUACCCAUCUUCUGGGAAGGUACCAGGGUCAUUAUUGAAAAGCUCGACAAGAAUCUUAUCACACAUCGCCUCCGAGCCCUAGAUGUUGAUAUCUACAAGCUGGCCCUUGAUCACUUCCAGCUCUCAUUCGAAGGCUAUGGAAACAUCGUCGGCAGCUUCAGAGCCCUCCUGGACAAAUCACCAACCGAUGUUUGGGAUGCGUUAGCCACUGUUCCACCACAAACGGUCGCAGAGCAGAUUCUUAACAGUCCUUCCAUCGAGGGGCCGAUGAUGACUACUGAGGAGGACCAACCCUUGCAGCUCGAGGUACUUUUAGAGUGGGUUGAUCCUUUCGUGCGAUCAAUCAAGCCUACUAAUUUAGCUCCCGCCUGCCGUGCUGUUCUCCAACAGCUCAUGACAAGACUUCAGUCUGAUAAAUACUCGCGAUAUGCGCAGACUGUUUGCUGGCACAAAGGCUUGCAAGUCAUGAGCACUACUAUGGAGAUCAUGAACAAGACCAAUGCAAACAGUGCUACAGUUGCGGACCUGCUUGAGCUUGUUCGCGUGCACGUUUUGACUAUCCUGGAGAAUCUCCACACGUUCAGGGACUCACCAGCACACUCACGAGAGACCGAGCUUGGUUUGGACGUCAUUCGCAACGCUCUUGCGCUCGACUGUCAGUCCUUGACGUCAAUACGCGAGGAUAUCUUGCAGAAGAAGGCUCUCGGAUUCGAUCUCAACGUCUCAUCGCUAGCCAUUUGGAAAGCCGCGGUGAGACACAUCAGGCCAGGCGACAUCUCUCUCGCGUCAGCCAUCUUGAUUGGUGCAAGUCGCCUCAUGCUUCUGGAACCGCUAGCACCUAAAGAAUCCACAACUGCUCCAAAGCACUCCGAAAGCUGGAACAACGGAUACCAACGCGCCUCGGCAUACAUCGUCGAGCUUUUUGAUCGCCUACAGGACCUUGAUCCCCUUGAGCUGCAAGGUUUGAUGGGCAGCCCAGGUGCGUCUCAGAGUCUCUUCUAUGCAGUGUUCUCGGGUCAUCCCGAGAUUCAACAAUCAGCUGCCACCAUCGUAAAGAGUAUGGGUUCUCAAGAUUCUCGUAGAGAAGGCAUGAAGUUCCUCAUGGAAAAGUACUUCGUCACAUCGCUCCAAUCUAUCGCCUCGGCUCUUCGUGGAGUGGCUCGUGUUCACCUGUUCUCGCCAUGCAGGACUCUACUUAGGCUUGGAAGAGACGUGCUUGACUGUCUCUGUAGUAAUCAAGACGGUAUCCUGCGAUCUCGCAAGCUUGAUGCAGAGGAAGUUCAGGCUACUGAGAACACAUGGCAGGCUCUAUGGAUUGCCAUAGGAUCCAUGUUCAAAUACACAGAGCAAUGGAGUCUCGCAGGGCACGACAAGCACAUGAUGAUCGAAUUCUGUCGAGACGCUAUGGACUUUGCAGACUACGCUUUCAAUCAGUACAGUGUCAUUGCAGGAGCACUGCGCGAUGCGAAUGUUGCCUCAGGCGAUGACAAGACUUCUCAACAGGUAGAACAAGGACUACUGCAGAUGCCCAGAGAAGCAUCGGGGCAUGUCACAAAGUGGCUGCGUCUGAGAGAUGAAUAUCUGAUCAGCAAGGCCGUCACCAUCACUUGUGAGAUCAUGAAGCGUCUCAAAUCCGUCGAUUUGCAACUACCUGAGCAAUCCACAAUGUUUGUGGACGAUGUGUACGCCGGUACUGUCAAGACGCGGCUCACCAAUUCCCAGAAGGCUGAGCUGCGUCGAGCACUAGAAAACCAUCUUGGUAUAGAAAACCAGACCGAAGAAAAGAACACGACGGACGCCUCCAAGCUCCAGAGGCAGGGAUCACUAGCAUCCUGGGCCACUUCCGGAUCAGGUGCGACAGAGACCGCCUCUGCCAAUAAGCCCAAGACGACACUCGACAUGGAAACAUGGAGGGCUGCGGCAGAUGAAUCUGCUCUGAAUCGUGCCAUCUCAAGCGCUACACCUACUGCUGACAUGCUGAGAGCGCGUGGUGACUUCGCCAAAAAGUCUUUCCUACCAAGCAGAACUUCCAUCGCCCAGCAAGACCCGAACAACUUCAGACUUAAACGUCAGCAGGAACAGGACGCCAAGCGCAAGAGAGACCUUGCGGCUAUUGCUGCUGCCAAGAGGGAAGGCGGCUCAGGUCUACAAGGCAUUGGUUUCGAAGGCAAAGAUCAUUCAACCAAAGGCCAAGGUGUCAUGGUAUCGUCCGAUGAGAGCAGCGAAGAUGAGGACGAUGAGCUCGACGCAGAGCUGUUUGGCGUCAAACCUGUCAAGAAGCGAUCAAAUACUGUCAAGAGCGACGCUGCUGGUGCAAUCGGCCUGAAACGCGAACAGCGCAAUCAGCCUGUCAGAAUUGAGAGGCGGGUGCGCUCCGCAAAGGAUAUGCGAGCUCGAUUAGCUCCCGACCUUGCACAUCUGCACAAGACGAUCUUGGGCUGGGAUUUCUUCCAUGACGGCGACUACCCGCCUAAUUCGAGAGACUGGCAGUUUCAGAAAGUCGCCAACUCAUUCCGCCACGUCACCGAUUACCAAGAGACAUUUCGUCCUCUGCUUGUUCUGGAAGCAUGGCAAGGUUUUGUGAAGUCAAGAGACGAAGGUUCCUUCAAGCCUUAUGAGAUCAAGGUCGUUAACAGGUCUAGCGUUGACGCUUUCAUUGAGAUCAGCAGCUCUGUUACUCAUGCCGAGAACAAAGAGGUACAGCUAUCAGAGAGCGACAUUAUACUAUUUUCGACGUCGAAUAACCCUACAGCGGACGCAGAGGCACCUCAUUGUUUUGCCCAAGUCUACCGAACACGUCGCCAAAAACAACACAUAGAGGUUACAUAUCGUGUGUUGCCGGGAAGCAGCAACAGCAUGAUGUCACAUCUUGUGCCUGGAAGCCUCAUUAAUGGUACGAAGGUCCAGUCAAUCACGCCCUUGGAACGUGAGUACGGUGCACUGCUUGGCCUGCAGUACUAUGACCUGUGUGAUGAAAUCAUAAAAGCCAGGCCAUCACCUCUACUCGAAUACACUGAUAAGCAAUUGGCACCCAUCGUCAGCAACUACACACUCAAUAAAGCACAAGCCAAAGCCGUUCAAUCUGCCGUGCAGAAUGAUGCCUUUACCCUCAUCCAAGGCCCUCCAGGUUCAGGAAAGACCAAGACCAUUGUAGCGAUUGUAGGUGCCUUACUCAGCGACAGUCUCUCGGACAAGCAGCUCGGGACCAGAAUCGAUGUGCCCAAAGGGGGUGGUACGUUCCCUGCCAACGCCCCUGCAUCCAAGAAACUCCUGGUGUGCGCACCCAGUAAUGCAGCUGUGGACGAGCUUGUCAUGAGAUUCAAGGAAGGGAUCAAAACGCUUAAGGGCGUCCACCGGAAGAUAAACGUCGUCCGUGUUGGUCGUAGCGACGCUGUCAACAGCUCUGUCGUGGAUGUCACAAUGGAGGAGCUUGUCAACAAAAGACUAGGCUCUAACAACAACGACAAGCAGGCAAGAGAGCACACUCACCAACUCAUGAAAGAGCAUCAGAGUGUGUCUGAACAGGUCCGAUUGACUCGUUCUACACUGGACAGCGGUGAUGUCAAGGGUAAGGAGCUCUCACAGCUUCAAGAUCAGUUCAAUGCUCUCCGCAAUCGCAAAACUCAAUUAGGGACUCAAAUUGACAACGCGAAAGACAACGAAAACUCAGCUGGACGAGCGGCUGAGCUCAAUCGCAAGAGGGUACAGCAAUCCAUUCUAGACGAUGCUCAUAUCAUCUGCGCUACCUUGAGCGGUAGUGGUCACGACAUGUUCCAAAGUCUGAACAUCGAGUUCGAGACGGUCGUGGUCGACGAAGCUGCCCAGUGCGUAGAGAUGAGUGCUCUGAUUCCUUUAAAGUACGGAUGCGCUAAGUGUAUUCUCGUCGGUGAUCCGAGACAGCUGCCUCCAACAGUCUUCUCGAAGGCAGCUUCUGCGAACAAGUACGAGCAGAGUUUGUUCGUCCGGAUGCAGAACAAUCAUCCCCAGGCGGUACAUCUUCUGGACACUCAAUAUCGCAUGCAUCCUGAUAUCAGUGCCUUCCCCAGUGCGGCCUUCUACGAAGGACGUCUACUGGAUGGAGACAACAUGGCAGGUCUCAGAAAACAGCCUUGGCACGAAAGUGAGCUGCUUGCGCCCUACCGUUUCUUUGAUGUUCAAGGCCAGCAUCAAGCAGCGCCUAAAGGUCAUUCUCUUAUCAACCUAGCUGAGAUCGAAAUUGCUAUGCUUCUUUACGAAAGGCUUAUAAAAGACUACCGAGACCACGACUUCAAAAACAAGAUUGGUAUUAUCACGCCCUACAAAUCACAGCUCAGAGAACUGAAGCAACGCUUCUCGGGUCGCUAUGGGCCUGAAAUCACGGAAAGCAUCGAGUUCAAUACUACGGACGCCUUCCAGGGUCGCGAGAGCGAAAUCAUCAUCUUCUCUUGCGUCCGUGCGUCCGCUACAGGUAGUGUCGGUUUCCUUUCCGACGUCCGUCGUCUGAAUGUGGGUAUUACCCGCGCGAAGUCUUCUCUCUGGAUCCUCGGAAACUCUGACAGUUUGAUGAGAGGUGAAGUCUGGAAGAGACUCCUGGAUGACGCUCGAGAUCGCAACAGCUACAUAACUGGCGACCUCCACGGCAUGCUCAGAGCACACUCUUCGAAAUUUCCCGCAAAGACACAUUCUCUGACCAAGAACUCGAAGGGUGUUGCAAAUGGCAGCGGGGCCGCUAAACAAAACGAGAACACCAGGGUGACUGCAAACAGGGCACAAGGCAAUGGUCUCAAACCCAAGAAAGAGAUUGAUGAUCAGAAGGUCAAGACAGAGGAUAACGCUCAGGCGAUGGAAGGCGUGCGCGUCAAGUUAGAAGAUAAGCUUGCCAGUAUGCGCUCGAGAAAGGGAAACGAGGACGUGGAGAUGGCCGAUGCAGAGUCUGCCCGGAGUGGCGCUUCCACGCCAACAGUGAACAGCGAACCUCCAUCUGCUACAGAGUCUGUGUCGGGACCGGCGGCUGCCAAGCCAAAGGCGUAUCUCCUACCGACUCCGACUGCACCACAGGUUAUUCGCAAGAGGAAGAAGCCUGCGGAUCCCUUCAUGCCUCCGGCUCAUAGGAAGCCGAGGAAGAAUUGA